UGAGUUACGUGUCACGUCUAGAGGUUCUGUACACAAAUACCACAGGCUGUUUAAUUUGGACCACGAGAUGUAAUAAUUGUCAAACACCGGACCUUAGAGACUUUCUUCAGAUACACUACAGUUUGUAUUUAAUAGCUUGCAUUGAUGGCUUGUGACAGAUCGUGAGACGGAGAGAAACAGCAAUCAGAAUGAGCGGAGCGGCUCUUGCGCUGGAGGUGGUGGUGGUCUUCUUCCUCGCCCUCUUCCUGCUUCAUCGCUAUGGAGAUUUUAGGAAGCAGCACAGGAUGGUGCUGUUCGCCACCCUCCUCGCCUGGUUCCUGUGCUUCCUCAUCGUCUUCAUCCUUCCACUGGACGUCAGCACGACCAUAUAUAACCAGUGUAAGAUUGAUAAUCAGGUGCACCAGGUGGCAAGCGACACUUUGAGCCCUGAUAACUCCUCCAACUCUUCAGUACUUCCAACACAAAAGAUACCUAGUAAGAUCUGUUUUAAACCAUGGAGUUACAUCCCAGAUGGAAUUCUGCCAGUGUUUUGGAGGGUUGUGUACUGGACCUCACAGUUUUUAACCUGGCUUUUGAUUCCCUUCAUGCAGUCGUAUGCACGUUCGGGAGGUUUCUCAAUCUCAGGGAAGAUUAAAACGGCUCUUAUAGAAAACGCCAUUUAUUAUGGCACAUACCUGCUCAUCUUCUGCUCUCUGCUCAUCUACGUCGCCGUCAGCCCGCAGUGGCAUCUCUCCUGGUAUGACUUGCGGACGAUCGGCAUUACAGCGGCUAAUACCUGGGGUCUAUUCCUGCUGGUGUUGUUGCUUGGAUACGGCUUGGUAGAAAUCCCGCGCUCUUUUUGGAGGGCAUCGUGCCAUGGGCAUCUGCUGGCAAAGACGUAUUUUAAAGCAGCAAAGUUAAUGACGGAAAAAGCGGAUGCUGAGGAAAACCUGGAGGAUGCCAUGGAGGAUGUCCGAAGAGUUAAUGAAACGAUCAAAUACAACCAUCCGCUGAGGAAGUGCAUCGAUACUAUUCUGAGAAAGUGUCCUGUAGAGUACCAGGAGAAGCUGGGCAGGAACAUGGACGAUUAUGAGGACUUUGAUGAUAAAGGAAACCCUUAUCCGAGUAAAACGAGUUUAGUCAAACUACAUAAACAGGUGAUCUAUGCUGUUCAGAGGCAUAAUCGCACACAGGUACAGUGGCAGAUUCUGUUGGACGAGGCUUUUCACUUAGAGGAUGUGGCCAAAAAUGAGACGAGCCCCACCCACCAAUUCAGUCACAGUUUCCCCUCUACAGAAACACCGGGAUGGGUCAGCAAAUACCUGUACACACCCACUGCAGAGUGGUACUGGGAGUGUGUUUUUCGGCGCUGGUGUUAUCGUGUUCUGGCUGUGGUUUUGUGCGUGUUCUCCGCAGCGGUGGUUUGGUCUGAAUGUACCUUCUUUAGCACACAGCCCGUUCUGUCGCUCUUUGCCGUCUUCAUCCAACUCGCCGAGAGAGACUACAACUACGUUUACAUAGAGAUGGCGUGUUUUGUCACCAUAUUUUACCUGUGUUACUGCGUGUACUCGACCGUGUUCAGAAUCCGAGUGUUUAACUAUUACUACUUGGCUCCUCAUCACCAGACAGACGCAUACAGCUUGCAGUUUAGCGGGAUGUUAUUUUGUCGUCUGACGCCUCCGCUGUGUCUGAAUUUUCUGGGUGUGAUUCAUAUGGACUCUACCAUCUCACACCAGCAGAGACAGCAAACAGCGUACACUUCGAUAAUGGGAUCCAUGCAGGUCCUGUCGUUCAUCGCUAAUGUAUUUUAUAUAUAUUAUCCCAUGCUAAUUGUUCUCCUCUGCAUUGCCACAUACUUCAGUUUGGGUACACGCUGUUUAAACCUGCUGGGCUUUCAGCAGUUCAUGGGAGAGAACGAUCUGACCUCAGACCUGGUGGAUGAAGGGAAAGAGCUCAUACGUAGAGAGAAAAGAAAACGUCAGAGGACAGAAGAUGGAGAGAGCCGGCGCAGAGAAUGGAGAGAUCGUUAUGGUGAACAGAGACAGCGAUACACAGGGAAGAACAGAAACUCGUACUCGGAGUUAUCGGACGGCUCCAGUACAGACACGGGCAUAGCUCAGACUCGUAGAGAUCGCAGUGACAAGACUGAGUUACUGCAGGAUGUGGAACCACUGGACUAUAAUGAAGAUGAACCGCUGGAUACAGAAGACAGAAGAUACACUGGAGGGCAUUACCUCUCUACCUCCGCAUCUCGCUCUCGCAUCUUCGACGAUGUAUGAGGAGGAGGAGGACAACAACAACAGUGAAACUUUGCACUUUUUUACUUCAUACU